CACACCCAAGAUGAAGCCCAUGUCAUCGGUAGGCGCUGGAUUUAUCAACCAUGACCAUGGCAGCAAGCUGAGGGAAUCGAAGGCGGAGUUCACACCGAUCGGCGUGAUGUUGGGGCUGGUGCUGAUGGCGUUGACCAUCGGCGCGCACGCGGCGAACCAGCAGUUGGCGCACUCGCCCGGCGCUCGCGUGAGCAAGAAGAAGAGGGAGAUGAUGGCCGAGGUGGAGGAGCCGGAGCACGUGGCCGGCGAGGCGGACCGCUUUGUCACCAAGUCCUUCUCGAGGAAGGUGGCUCACCUGCAGGACUUGGACGCCGUCAGAUCCGACCCGAGUCCCCCAUCCAUUCCAUCAAUGUCCGUUCCUACACAUCUAUCUAUCUGUUCAUUAUUUUUCUCGCGCCUCCGUCCACGAGCCACGGAGACGUCGAAGACUGAUGGAGUGAAUCCACCAAGGGGCCAUCAAAGAUCAUACGGGAUUGGCUUUGAUAUCCUUCUCUUUUGCUUUCCCUUUAGAUAUCAGCCCACCAACUAUCUGUCUGUCUGA